UGCGGAUAACAUCGCGGGAACACUUUCUCCGAUUUCUAACGUAAAAAUGCCUUCAAAUUUUCCGAAACAAAUCAAAACGGCUGCAGCAGAAGAAAAAUCCAAGAAAAAGAGGAAGUCAAGUGCUGGAGGUCUCGGGGAGAUCCAGCAUUCUGAAAGCUUCAUCAUCCAACCUUCCGAGAAAGUCGAGAAAUUAGAUGCUUCACAAUGGCCAUUAUUACUCAAGAAUUUUGAUAAGUUAAACAUUCGUACGAAUCACUACACGCCCAUUGCAGCGGGAUGUUCACCGUUGAAACGGCCAAUUGGAGAGUAUGUGAAAACUGGUUUUAUCAACCUGGACAAACCAGCCAACCCCUCAUCACACGAGGUUGUUGCCUGGAUCAAAAAAAUUCUGCGAUGUGAAAAAACUGGCCACAGCGGUACGCUAGAUCCUAAAGUCACGGGCUGCCUGAUUGUCUGUAUUGAGAGAGCAACGCGUCUGGUCAAGUCGCAGCAAAGCGCUGGAAAGGAGUAUGUGUGUAUCUUUAGGUUGCAUAAUGCUGUCAACGAGGAGAAGAAAGUCUUGCAGGCUAUAGAAUCACUUACCGGUGCACUCUUCCAACGACCUCCACUCAUAUCAGCCGUCAAACGCCAGCUUCGAAUUAGAACCAUUUAUGAAAGUAAAAUGCUUGAAUAUGACAAGGAAAAGAACAUGGGUAUCUUGUGGGUGAGCUGUGAGGCCGGUACGUACAUCCGUACGUUAUGUGUCCAUCUCGGUCUCCUGUUGGGCGUCGGCGGACAGAUGCAGGAACUCCGACGUGUCCGGUCAGGAAUACAGUCAGAAAAGGAUGAAAUGGUGACCAUGCAUGAUGUCCUUGAUGCCCAGUGGUUGUUCGAUCACAACAAAGACGAGUCAUAUCUGCGGAGAGUCAUCAAACCCCUUGAGGCACUCCUCGUCUCGCACAAGAGGGUCAUCAUCAAAGACAGCGCAGUGAAUGCGGUCUGUUAUGGUGCAAAGAUUAUGUUGCCGGGUGUUCUCCGUUACGAUGAUGGCAUCGAAGUUAACGAACAAAUCGUCAUAGUAACCACAAAAGGAGAAGCAGUGGCGUUAGCUAUUGCUCAGAUGACGACGGCGGUAAUCGCCACCUGCGACCAUGGUAUUGUUGCCAAGAUCAAGCGGGUGAUCAUGGAGAGAGAUACUUACCCUAGGAAGUGGGGACUGGGACCAAUGGCAAUGAAGAAGAAGGGUAUGGUAUCCGAUGGUCUGCUUGACAAGUAUGGAAAGCCUAACGAGAACACUCCGAAGAAGUGGAUGGAUUCCUAUAAAGACUUUGGGGCUAAGCCUGCAGGCACUGGUGAUGCCCCGUCGACCCCUACUGCCAGCAAACCACCCAAGAAAGAAUCGUCAGACAGUAGCUCAUCAGAAGAGGAGGCAGUUGAGACCGCUAGUGCUAAGAAGAAGAAGAAGGCAAAGUCUGAACCAGUCACACCUGCCAAGUCUCCCAAGAAGAAGGAUGACAAGUCAUCAAAGAAGAGGAAGCGAGAUAAGGAUAGUAGCAGCAGCAGUUCCGAUUCUGACGAGGCGGAUACAUCCAUCUUGCCAACGCCUAAAUCAACACCGGAGAGCGAGGGUGAGAAGGAAAAGAAAAAGAAAAAGAAGAAAAAGAAAGACAAAGAUACUGAGAAGUCUCCUGAGAAGAAACAGAAGAAGAAGAAGAAGAAAUCAAAGGAGGACAGCGAAUCCAGGAUUUCGAUGAACGAAUAAGACAUCUACGUGUUCUUGACAACGAUCUGACUGCCAGCCUUGUUUGUGAGACUUGAUGGGAUGCACUAGUGAAAGUUACAUUUCAUGCCUUUGUGUAUCAAGGCAAAUGAGGUGCAAAAAGAAUCUGUCUCGGCUCCUUGACUGGGUGGUCUGCAUGUGCGAGUUGAAUUUGCUCAGAAUUUUGGGGGUGCUUAAGUAGUGUUGGAUGAUUGGAAUUGUCCAGAAGUAUGUAUAUAGAGUGAUGGUGUCGUAGAGAGUAGACAAAAGAGGAUAAGGUUUUUAUGUGCUGUCGACUCCAGCUAUCUUCUUGGGGUUUGCAGUGAACGCAAGUUGGUGAAGUUGGCCAAAAUAUUUUCCUCGUCGAUGUGUCCUGUAGGUGAAUUCUGUGUUGGUUGUAGGACCAGAUCAUGAUUUUGCUUCUGAUGUGAACAAUGGAUUUGUUUGGGGAUAUAAAUUAAGUUUCUCACUCUCUGUAUAAUUGUCUGAUCAUACAAAAGCCUAGUUUCUUAACCUAUUAGACUCUAGUUAUUAGAUUUAGCUCAUUAAUGGCUGUGGGUCAGUGUAAAGUGUCUUUAAGAUUGUCCUUUGAGAUAGUUACUAUGACAGCCGAUGCCUGCAUUUGUUGGGAUGCUAGAAGUUCACUAUCAAAGUAGAUAUUAGAAAGCUAUAUUAUUGGCUACUGAAAGUUACUGCGUUCUGUUUGCUUUGGGAAAUGAUACUGCCGAUUAAUUGUACAGUUAUGUGAUUUAAUACGAUUUUAUCAUUCGCCAUCACGGCACUGUAAAUAUUAUUAGCAGAAAUUGCAUUUAUAUUUUCUAGUACUGGUAGUCAUUGAGAAACUUACAAAAACAACUACAUGUAUUGUCCUGAUAAUUGAAUUGUUUGUAUUUUGUGAUAUUAGAUGUACACUCUGAUGAAGGUUGUUUCUUUGGCGCAUUUGAUACCACUGUCUCGGGUCUCUUUGUUAGCAACGAGGCCAGCCAUCCCUUUACCCGACCUUGUGAAGAGGGGUUAUUCCUGGGCAAAGAUGCUUCAUGUUGGGUUCAAAAAGGAAGUUGUUGGUACCAGAAAAUGUUAUGGUGAUGCGUUGAAUGUGCACAAAACAGUAAAUUCUGAAGAUUGCAAAUUCCAAGGUUUUGAGAGAAAUGGCGUCUCCACGUGAGCUGUGUAUGGUUAGACAACCAAUACCAACAGUGCUGUAUUGAUUUCAAUUCUAAAACACCUCAACAUAAACAGUGAAAAUAAGAUUAUUUACUGAUUUUGACCACGUUCAUAUUUUGUACCAGUCAAGGCGGUUAUGGUUGCAAACUAAACUGCUGCAGCUUGUAAUACACAGAAAACAAGGCCAGAUGGCAAACAUGGUGUUCUCAUGUGUGGCCAUAGACACUGUUAGCUUCGGAUGACUUGCAUUUUUCUGAUGGUUGCAAGGUUUAUCUGAUGUGAUUUUUUUCUUUCAGUGCUCAUGUAGAAAAGGCUUUCUAGAAAAAUUGUAUUUUUAAACAAGUACAAUCAUGUACAAGUUGUGAUUUACGACUUGUGCCUUUUAUAAUUGUCAAGAGAAUUGUACAUAGUCAAAAUAAAAAAUAUAAUUGAAAACA